AUGGCUCACAGAAGUGCCGCCAAGCUAAUACUGGCUCUCAUAUCGCUGUUUUGCGUUCUUCAGAUGCUGGAAUGUGGAGUAGUGGAUAGACAACCCCGGGCAUAUAAACAGUACAACACCGAACCACAGAAGAGACCGUUCUGCAAUGCAUUCACCGGCUGUGGUAAGAAGCGUUCGUCCGCAUCGAGUCCACCGAGUGCUGCAGCAGCCGCAGCCGCCGCUGCCAUGCUCCAGCGUCACAUGCAGAACGUGGAAGCGAACCGAAAGGACCGGCUGAGCAGUGAUUUCGACCCGAACGAAGAGUCGAUCAGCAGUCUGCUCGAUCUCAACACGGAACCGGCGGUCGAGGAUCUGCUGCGACAGAUCAUGUCCGAGGCGAAACUAUGGGAAGCGAUCCAGGAAGCGAAUCGGGAGAUUUACCUGCAGAAAUCAGGCGUCAAGGAGCAGCGUAACGAUUUCCCGCUGACGUUCAGCACGCAGUAA